AAAAGUUUCCAUGGUAACACCAUAUUCAGAAUGAAUGUGUAUACUUUUUAUGUACAUUGUUUUGUUGAUACUUCUUGAUAUUUUCAAGAAUAUCAGAUUAAUUCUUAAAGGUAUAACAAUUAUUAGGUAAUUGUAACAUUAUUAAUAAGAGAUUAUUGCCUGAACCGCUACAAAUAGGCAACAUGAUGCUGACGGCGUGGUCCACGGAACAGGCUAAGAGAAGUGCAAGCCUGCCAUCUUUAGUCACAGACUAUGACUCCAAAGCAGAAGAUAUGUCUGAAGCAGAGCUGAUCGCAGCCAUUCAGCGCACACAGUCGAAGCUCACCUUCCUGCAGCAAGAGAACUGCAUGCUGGAAUCUCUCCUCGCCCGGACAAACAGACGGCUACUGGAGGGGCUGCAGAGGCACCUCGACCAGAAGGGCAAAGCCGCGCUGCUGGCCGGGAAGCGGCUCAUGGCUGUCGCCGCCUCGUCCCUGCUCGGCUCGUCGGGCCAGCUGUCCCACCGCAGCUCCGACAGUCUGUCGAGCCCCCUGGCUUCCGGCCCCCGAUCCGGGUCCGUCCGUGGGGCGGCCCCCAUAGACGAGAACGUGUUCAGGUUGAACAUCCACCAGAAGUGUGCGCUGGCGAGCCGGGAGCUGGAGGAGGUGCUGGCGGCCACUCUCAGGCGGAAGUCGCAGUUCGCCCGGCAGAGGAGCCGUCUCUCGGCCGAGAGUGAGAGUGCCGGGCUCGUGCUCCGAGAAGUGACCGGCAUUUUGGAUUGUCUUCGCGAGUGUCUUGCCGGGCCAAACAUCCCUUCUUCCAAGUUGAUCAGGGCGCUGGAGGUCUCGUUGAAGGGCGUUGAACGCAAGAUGCAGAUGCUGCAGCUGCACAGCAACGCCCUCCGCCAGCGGCUCCGGCGGAGGUGCGCCGGCGAGGGCCCGGAGAGGCUCGUCGAGGCGGUGGACCUGGAGAAGGAGGAGAUCGACAACCAGGUGUGCCUCGGCCGGAUCAAGGAGCAGCGCGUCCAGUUCUACGAGCUCCACAGGCUCGACGAUCACUACAUGGCGGAGGACCACAGGGGCCGAAGCGCCCUGAGCCGGCAGCUGGAGCGUCUGGAACUCCUGGAGGGACAGCUACGCGACAAGCGGGCCGCCCGAGACAAGCUGGCUCAGCAGCAGGCGCUGGCCGAGGCCGAGCUGGCGAGGGCGGAGCAAGGCCACGCUGCCAUGAGGACCGUCUGCGAGACCUACCAGGGCGUGGAUCCAAUGGACUAUUUGAAGAAGAAGGCGGAAAUAGAAGACCUGCGGAGACAGCUGAAAACUUGGCACCGAAAGAACGAAGUGCAGCGAGGAACGUUGAAGAUGAACUCCCAGACAUUUCAGAGACUAAUGCAAGCUGCAAAGUCACAGGGCAUGUUCAGCCAACCGGCCGGAGCCGCGGGGCGGAGCUCCCUGACCCCGGAGGUAGGUGAGGCCCCGAGCAGGAAGCCCCGGGUCACGAUGCAGGGCGCGGUUCAGAUGGCGAGUGGCGCCGGGAGCAAGGCUAGGGGCAUCACAGCGGCCUAGGGGGCCGUCGUGCAGGUGUUGGGACCCUCUCUGCUGCUUGUGUCAGUCCGGACACGUCACUGUUGCUGCACUCUUGAUGCUGCAGUUCGACACUGUUCGUGCAUCACAUACGUUAUUAUGUGAUUCCUUUUUUAUAUAUAUUCAUUUUAUUGUUUAUGCUUUGUUAUUCAAUUUUUACACAAUAAAGGUUAUGUUUCAUUUCUC